AUGCCUUCCUUCACUGCCAUCUCCGCCGCCGCCAUCUUGGCCUUCUCUGGCAUGGCCUCUGCCAUUCCCCAGUACAACUUUGCCAACGGAACUGCUUCUGCUGGCCCUACUGGAUCUGGCCGUCCCAGCUCCAGCUCUAUGCGCCCCAUGAGCACCGGCACUGGUUCUUCCAUUGCCCCCAUUGACGGCAAGUUCUGCCCUGGUCUCGACCUCGACCUCUACAUCGACAACUCUGGUUUCACUUUCCAGAUCCAGUGUGACACCAACCAUUUCGGUGUCAUUAUUGACAUCCAGGCCAACCUCACCAGACGUGCUGUUCCCUCCAGCCUUGACGACUGCAUGAACUUGUGUGAUGCCACCAGCACUUGUGUCGGUACCGCUUUCGACACCAAUGCUCGCACUUGCACUCUCUUCAGCGAUGUCCAGGCUGCCUACACUCAGCAGGGCACCCAGUUCGCUCAGCGCGUCGCCAGCGGAAACGGCGAUGGAUCUGCUGGCAAUGGCGAGGUCACCAUCUCUGCUGGUGGUGUUGCUACCUCGACCAUCUACUCCACCAACGUUGUCACUAUCCAGAGCUGUGCCCCUACCGUCACCAACUGCCCUCUGAGAAACGGUGAAGGAGCCGUGGUCACCCAGGUUGUUGCCGUCUCGAGCACAGAGUACAUCUGCCCCACUGCCACAGUCAUCCCUGCUGCUCCUGUUGCUUGCACCGACUGCCCCUACGCCGCUUCUACCGCAACUGUCUUCUCUCAGUCUGGAAACAACGUUGUCCCUGUUGCAACCACUGUUUACGCCUGCCCUUCCGCCACUGGCACUGCUCUUACUACUACUGUUUGCCCUGCCUGCGCUCACCCCACUGCCAACAUGAACAACGGCAACGGUGCUAACACCCAGACCGUCACUGUCUGCAACGGCAACUGCCCUGCCAUGACCUCCGCCCCUGCUUCCAGCAGCUCGAUCAUGGCCGUCUACACCCCUACCAGCUCCCAGAUGGCCAUCUACACUGGCGCUGCCUCCAACGUCAAGGCUGCCGGUGCCUUGGCCGCCGUUUUCGGUGCUGCCGCCCUCGUCCUCUAA